CUGCCACUCUCUUUUAAUCGCCCUUCACCACCAUCCGUCUCCCUCUCUCUUCCCCUCCAUCUCCACGAGCUGCAGCCCACUCCACAAUGGCAUCAGUGCGCUUCGUGCAACGGUCAAGCCGGCUGGCCGCCCGCACAUCCUACCGCUCCUUCACCACUACCCCAUGCCGCCUCCAAGGCGAGCAGCCGAAGCAAGAAAAAGUAGACUUCUCGGGCAUCAAUGCCCGAGCAAACGAUACCGCGCCCGAGUACCGCAGAUUUCAGACCGAGAAGCCGUUGAACCCCCACAUGACCAACACCACCUCCACCAUCGCCAACGAGAUGCCCAACCUCGGCGCCGACAACCCCCCACCCGAGCUCAUCACCAACGUCGACCCCAACUACGUCCCGAAAGACUCCGUGCCGGAGAACACGGAGAAGAUGACGGGUGGCACGCAGAAGGGCGCCCCUUCCAGCGGGCCCAAUGUGGAGCUCAAGGUAGGUGAAAUCGAGGGCGGCACGUUCCGUGUCGAGCCUCUACGCCGCACCGGCGAAGAUCCAAACACCAUGCGCGCUCGUCUCCUAUACCAAUCGCGGAAAAGGGGCACGCUAGAGUCCGACCUGCUCCUCUCCACCUUUGCCGAUGCGAACCUGGCGGCGAUGACGCCGAAGCAGCUGCAGCAAUACGACUUGUUUCUCGACGAGAACGACUGGGAUAUCUACUACUGGGCCACGCAACAGCCGACGCCGACGUCGAGUGAAACGGCGGAAGGAGGGGACCCCAAGUUUGCCGCUUCUCCUACCGCUGGAAAGGCUCCGGACGGCGGGCCUGUUUCUCAGACCGAUGGCUGGAGGGUGGGCAAACCGCGGAGCGGCGAAUGGGCGCAGACGGUGGGCACGUUCAAGCCUGCCUAUCGCCCCGUGCCGCAACGGUGGAAGAAUAGUCAAAUCUUGUCGUUGUUGAGGAAGCAUGUCAUUGAUCGCAGCGCUGGCAGAGUGCAUGUGGCUGGAGACGACAACGCAAAGGUGGAUGGAACAGGUCUUGGUCAAGGGGUGCGUGGUGUUGGGGGUGGCGGGUUGGGCUUCAUGCCAGAACUGCGGAAUUUUGAUCGGUAGUGUCCAUAUGCGCGAGACUUAUUCAUGAAAACCACAUCUUUGCGCAUAUGUAAGGUCUACAUCUACAGACCAUGCAGAUUCCAUGGAUCGUCUCGCCGUCCAAAGACUCGGGGGAUCUGUACGUGGAUCAUCGGGAUGUCGUGACAUCACCCAUCCAAGCUUCCUGCCAGAUCGGGACAUACUCGUAGACAUCCUGAUAUUCUGCGACUUUCACGCUCCUUGACUCCACGACAAUCAGACACACGUUUCCUUUGAAGACUAUUC